UGUGUCUGUUCUGGAAACGCAGCAGAAAUCUCGGACUCAGUUUUAGAGAAGAUGAGGGAGAUCAGAGAAGCAGCCAGCGACCUGGGUAUUCCCCAACUGGUUGUUGUCACCAAACUUGAUGAAGCCUGUCCUGAAACUGAGAAGAACCUGCAGAACAUCUACAAGAGCAAACAUGUAAAGAAAAAGAUGACGGACCUGAGCUCUGAACUGGGGAUUCCGCUCAACUGCAUCCUCCCCGUGAAGAACUACAGCAAGGAAAUCAGAAGGGAUCCAGAUGUUGAUACUCUGAUCCUGAACGCGCUGAAACUGAUUCUUGACUUUGGAAGUGACUACAUUGAGAAAUUGCCAGACAAAUAACAAGUUCACCAAACCUCUUUAGCGUAUAUUAGAGUAUAUUUAGCGUAACAUUAACGCAAGAAUUAUUUUACAAGCUGAAGCAAUUCCUUUUCUUCUUAUUAUUAUCUGAACAAAUCUCUUUGGUAGUAGCUUUUAAUUUUAGCAAAAUGCAGCCAAAUGUGUGUAAACGUGUCAAAAUUAGGAUUUUAUAUUCGUUCCUUGUGUGACAACAGAAAAAUAUGUGAAUGAGAACAGCUUUAUUGGGGAUUCGGCUUUUAAAAUAGUCUAUUUGAGCAGGAGAGAAGUAAACCAUGUCUGUGCCGACAAUCUCCAGUCUUUGUGUUGCUUGUGCUGCUGUGAACACUUUACGAAUCGUUGUUUAGCUCUGUGAUCAUUUGAAACACUGCAACACUUGCUGCAGACAAACUACACUUCCUGUGCACGUCCUCCAAAGCAUUAUGGGAACUGUAGUUUCAACACUGAGAACACUAUUAGCCCCAAACUCAUAGUAAAGCUAAAUAAUAACAAAAAAAAUGUACAAAAUGUAUUAGUGUAUUUUUUAUCAGCUGGUUUAAAACUGCCUCAUAAAUUUUAAGUUAUGUAACUUAUAAAAAACAAACAAAUGCACAAAUAUCUCCGUACUGUUUUUUUUCAUUCUCUUGUACUGUGCCAGUUGUAUGAGAUGCAGUUUGAAUCACAAAUGCAAGUGUUAAGAAGCAGUUAAUAAGUCAAACAGCCCAUUGGAGGGGUCUUACUGAUGAGUUACAGAGAAACAAAAAGUGUGAUGAAGGAGGAUUUUACCUUAUCUGGCAACCCAGCUGUUGUGGUUCUGAUUAUCUAUAAAUCAUGAGUAAAUUGUGUAUUAACCAUUAAUAAAGUCAUAUAUUAAGCUU